AUGGACUUAUCAAACUUAUCAAACACACUACCAUCGCUGAAACCACUACAACGGAAAGAUGACGCUGCUGAUCAAACUGAUGACCCGUCAUCGCAAUCAAGAGUGAGUUCUCAGUCCAGCAUUGCUGACUUAAAUACGGACCUAACAACGCAUUUCAAAGACGCUGCACGAGCAGUAGCAUCGCUAUACAACUCAUCUAUCAAUGCCCAAUCGGGAAGCACGGUAAAUGCCGCACAAAUGCACACUAUUAAGACAGACUUUGCCAAUGCUGCAAGAGCUGUUGCUGCCUUAUACAAAUGUGGACAAAGUAUGCAUAGUGUUUCUCAUGAACUCGGGUACAUAGAGUGCCUAGAUGACUUGCUACACGUUAUAACUAAUGAUGAGGAUGUUGAAAACUGGGCAUUAACAAGGCGAGCGGAAAUAACGAAUGUGAAGAACAGGGCAGAUGUAACGAAUCCUCAAAACGCUACUCCCACAACCUCUUUGGAUGAUUCCAAGUUACCGCAAGAUUUUGUAUUCCAGUUCGAACUGGAUAUGAAGCCACCUGUUGCAUUCAGACCAAGCAUACCUCCAAUCUCAGUUCAGCAUAGUGCAUCUCAACGAAAUUCCAUAAUCAAGAAAAAGAAACUUCAGCAUUUGCAUAAAAAGUUUUACUCCUCAGAGGAUUCCAGUGAAAGCGAUACGGAUGAUUUGAAACGGGCGAAGUUGUUCAAAGACACUAGUGAUAGUCCUGUAAAGAGAAAGAAGAAGAAGAAGGUUUAA